AUCCUUCAAAUGAGCUCAAAAAUGGUUCAGAUCCCUCUGUGUGUUAGGCCUUAAAGGGUCUCUGCGUGCAGGAAUGGGAUCUGCUCGGCCCCUUAAAAUAGCACAUCUGAAGGGGGUGGGGUGGAGAGCUUCUGCCUGGUGAAAAACACAGGUUGUGUUUGUGCCGGCUUGUAGGGAUUGCACCAUCGACCGACUGUUGCUGCCUCUCAGAUGUGGUCUCACCAGAAUCGGGCUGGGGUCUCUGAGGGGCCACRCUGACCCAGGAGGAACUUUCUGCUCAGAGGAACCAGUAGCCAGGUUUAACUUGAAACAAGCACCAAUGGGGGAUUUAAAGCAGAUGAUCGGGGCCAUGUCCCAGAAAAUAUGUCCAAGUUCCCAGGCUUCUUCUGAGGAGGACCUGAAGGCACCUAAUGGCGUCCAGGAGAAGAUGCAUUUGAAGAGGGAGAUUUCUCUCCUUAAUGGGAUCUGCCUCAUCGUGGGCAACAUGAUCGGUUCUGGGAUUUUUGUCUCGCCGAAGGGCGUCCUAAAGUACAGCGCCUCUUUUGGGCUGUCUCUGGUGAUUUGGGCUCUUGGGGGGAUCUUCUCUGUUUUUGGGGCACUUUGCUAUGCCGAGCUUGGCACCACUAUCCCCAAAUCUGGGGCCAGCUACGCCUACAUCCUGGAGUCCUUCGGCGGCUUCCUGGCUUUCAUCCGUCUGUGGACRUCCAUCCUGCUGAUMGAACCRGCCAGCCAGGCUGCCAUUUCUCUGACCUUCGCCAACUACCUGGUGGAGGCUUUCUUCCCAACGUGCAUGCCACCAUACGAUGGCAUUCGUCUCAUUGCUGCAGCGAAUCUCCCCCUAGCUAUCGCCAUCUCYAUGCCCGUGGUCACCAUCAUUUACCUGCUGACCAACGCAGCAUACUACGUGGUCCUGGACAUGCCGUCGCUGCUGGCGAGUGACGCCGUGGCUGUGACGUUUGGAAAUGCAGUGCUCGGGCCGUUCAGCUGGAUCAUCCCUGUUUCAGUGGCGAUGUCCUGCUACGGAGGACUCAACGCGUCCCUCAUCGCUGCCUCACGGCUGUUCUAUGUUGGAGCCAGAGAGGGCCAUCUCCCCGACAGCCUGAGUCUGAUCCACCUGAAGCGCUUCACACCCAUACCUGCUCUGCUGUUCAAUGGCCUCAUGGGUCUGAUCUUCCUGUGUGUGGAGGACGUGUUUCAGCUCAUCAAUUAUUUCAGCUUCAGUUACUGGCUGUUUGUGGGUCUGUCUGUGGCCGGACUCAUCUACCUGCGCAUCACCCAGCCUGACAGACACAGGCCUGUCAAGCUGAGCCUGUUCUUCCCCAUCAUCUACUGUGUUUGCAGCAUCUUCUUAGUCAUCGUCCCGCUGUACGGAGACACCAUCAACUCCCUCAUAGGGAUCAGUAUUGCUCUGUCUGGUGUUCCAGUUUAUUAUGUGGCCAUUUACCUGCCUGAGGAGAGGAGGCCCAGAUUCAUACACAAACUAAACAACCUCGCCACCAGAUACACCCAGAUGUUGCUCUACUGCUGCCUGACUGAGUUUGACCCUGAGACGGAAACACAAGCGAGCAGUAAGACCCAGUGAGCUGGAGACGAGCUCUGGUGUUCGWAGGUCGUCUUUCUGGAAGCUGGAAACCAGGUCCUGUCCUGUGUGGACAGAGGGACUGUCAGGUCCAGUUUAAACCAUACUGACUUCACAAAUGACUCCCAGUGGAGGAGCAAUCCCACAAGAUCCACCAAACUGUUGCUAUUUUUUUUAACUGAAAAUGUUGCCAGUGAGGAUUUGGAUGAAACAUUUGAAGCACACAAAGUUCUGUUUCUGAAAGAAAAAUACAAGAAAUUAAAUUCAGUUUUUGCGUUCAGGUAUUUAAAGAUGUUAUUUAUUCAGAAACAUUUUUAUUGUUUAUUAAAAUAUUCAUUCUCGGACUCAUAAAGAUUGUAUGAUAGAAAAAACUUUACUGUCUUUUUACUGUAAACAUGCAACUCUGAAUAAAAGCACUUCAUUAGUUUCAUAUUU